CUUCAACUUAUUUCCUAAAAAUUAUUCAGAGGGGUAAUUCAGAUGUGAAUUGCUGUGUGCUGUAUGUUAACUUCAGAACAGAAAAUUCGCAAGAAGAAGCAAACCAGACCUACUUUCAGUGGGUACCAGAUUUUUGUCCUGGAGAAAGCAUUUGAACAAAACAAAUACCUGCCAUCCAUGGAGAAACAACGGCUGGCGCUCUCUCUCGGAAUGACUGACUCUCAGGUGAAGGUGUGGUUCCAGAACCGCAGGACUAAGUGGAGGAAGACAGUUGGGUCAGAAGCUGAGAGAACACGGGUCAAACCUGCUCAGGACGGGCCUCAGCUGGAUUGGGACUAUGACAAACCACUGGACCCCAAUACCGACGAUGACCGGGUUCAAAGGUUACUGCAGCGUCAUAGGAAGAUCCCCAGGUGUCCAGCCCAGCACAUGGCUACCGCAGACCAGACUGUACGUACACACUUCUCACACAGCGAAGUUGUGUGAGGUUGGUUGUGAGGGGGUGGAUGUGUGUCUGUGGGCGGAACAGAUGCAAUCUGGGAAGGGAUGCAAUCAAAGAAGACUUCUGACCAUAAGCCCUUCACAUGCAGGGAGCCAUGGAUGAGCUAAAUGAUGAUGUAAAUACCAGGCAAAACAUACACACAAUCACUCAACUCUGUAAGACUGGUUAUGGAGACUAGAUUGUGUGUGGUAUCUGGAUAGCAUGCCACAAGUGAGGACCCUCAGCACUUCUGACCUUGUAUUCUGCAAGGGUUAGACGUCUACAUUCCAAUUAAGAGUCCAUGAUUCUAAUCCAACUCACUUGUUUUUCUCACAGUCCUCUUGGUGUUCGUUGUGUUUGUGUUCCUACACAGUCCUGGCUUUGUCAAGGGAGACAUAUUGUGGCUCAGGCCAAGCACUACACUGUUCCAGCUAAUUAACAAUGUUCCUUCAUGGGCACUGAAGGGAGGAGUUUAUUUUAUUGGCCAUGGAGUUCAAAUUUCGGCAAUCUUUUGCCAG